CUCUCCGCCCCACCAUCCCUUCCCUCUUCUCCUCCAAACCCCGCCGAACGUUUCUCUUCCCAGAUGGAAAAUUUUGAAUACAGCAUCCAGCUGAACGACCGGGAUUGGGCUGAAUUUUACUUCGUCUCCGAAGAGUGCUGCUUGAUCCCUCCGGCCUUGGCCGCUGCCGAAGAACAGCUCCUGAGUGAUCUCGAGGAAGGGGAGGCUGAAGGGAAGCAGGGCCCCCUAGCCCACCCAAAAGCCAGCCGCCUCUCCGUUGAUGGUGUCCCAAGUGAGCAAUUGCUUGCAGAGGAUGCUUUCUCCGGCAGCGAAGAUGAAUCCGAACUAGGCUCCGUCAGCAAGUUUCUCUGCAGAAGUCAACAAGUUUUUCAGCCUUCCCGGCCCUUCCCGAGCCCCUUCUCCAGCCUCCCUUUGGACCCCCAGCUGCCAGAACCUGCCCCCAGCUCUGUGCCUCUUUCUCUUGCUGAAGAAGGCCGCGUAGGAGUAGUAGGUUGGCCUAUGGAUCCCAAAACUAAGGCGGAAGCCCACAUCAUCACCCAAGAGAGGGAUUCCCAGGAACCACCUCCGAGGCCAGAGACGGGAGCAAAAUCUUUGGUGCUGCUGCCCCCCGGUUCGAGUCCCGCAGCAGAGACAACGGAGAGUCCAGAGGGAGCAAAUGGCUUGAAAUUAAACGAUCCCCAAGAAGACCAUACUUCCCUGACUGCUUCUGCAGCCUGCAAAUUCCCAGGAUCGACGAGCGAUGCCGCCGUAUCUGGACAACUCGACUUUCCCAAGUUAGGAGACGCAGCUCUAGAUCCCAGUUCCCUCAGGGUUCCUUCUGUUCUUUCUCCAACCUCUGGAGAAGCUGAGAAUCCAGAGAUGGAAGUCGAGGGCCUCCAGGUUGCCUCGAGGACUUCGUUCCAGAAAACGCGUUCCCUUUCUUCUCAAGAACAUUCGGUCCAGGUGACACCACUGUUGGCCAACAGUAUGGCAAGGACUUCUGGAAAGGAAGACGAGGAUGUCCUGAAAACAGAGAGUGGAGCAGAUCUCAGCAGGAGCUUCAGCCCUAAUAAUACUUCUCAAGAGGGAGACCGAGCCAAGGACAACGCGGUGGAAGGAUGCCCAGAAGUUCUAGAAGAAGAUGGAUCUCCAGAACCAUCUCUGGAGGUUAACCACGUUUCAUCAGGAAAGACGGAAAGGCAGGAUAAUGGAGAACCUUGUCUCCAUCUUGGUCCCACCAUCCCAUCCGAAGGAGAGGCCCUAACCAGGACUCAAGAAAACCCGAGAUUUGUUCCCUACCCUCUGAAGUCAAAUGAUUGUUCAGAAGAAACUGUAGCCAACAUGACGUGGCCUGAGGUGUACGACUAUUUCUUCUCUGAUGAGGAUCUCCAUGAAGUAGAGAGGCCAUCAUCGGAGGAGGGAAGGUCAUGGAAGGCCAGCCACGACCAUCCAUCAGAGCUACCAGCAUUGUCAGGUCCUGAAAUGUACGAAUAUUUCUUUCAGGAUGUAGGUGAGGUUGAAGAGGAGACUUGGAGCCAAAUCAGUCCUUCAGAGACAUCCCUCAGCUCUGCCCAUGGUUGUGACUUGGAAGAGCCAACAUCCAACAUGAGCACCACCGAUCCCAUGGGGUUCCCAGAAGUGUACGAGCAUUUCUUUGCGCACCAACCACAAGACAAGGGCAUCCGGAGGCCAAAUAUCUUGGCCGUACGAGCUUCAGAGUUAGGAAAGGCUGUGAGAGCUUUAACAUCUCUUGUUGGUAGGCCAGUUCGCUUUCUCAGAUCAAAGCGGCCAAAGCGGAAAGGAUCUCAAGCAAGAGUGAUGCUCGUAUCUCCAACGCUUCUGGAUGGAACAUCCCCAAGACCGGAAAACCUCGGGGUAGCUGUCUUUAAACCAGAGAGGCCUCUUCAGCUGGUCCUCACGCCCAGAGAUCUGUGUCUGGGAUUUGUGGCGUUGGCUUCUUGGGCUGUGAAAACCUCCGACCUUCACUCUCCGGAUGCUUGGAAGAUUGUGCUGCUGGCUAAUUUUGGUACCCUCUCGGCCAUCCGUUGCUUCAGGAGGCAGGUUGUCAUGGAAAGUCAUCACGGCUCUUAAGGAGACGCGAAGUCAAUCCCAUUCCGUGAAAGAAGUGCUUUCAAGAUCGUUUCCUGCAAAGCAAGAAAGCAAAAUUUGGGACCUCUUGAAUUGCCAAAUUUUACUGGCAGGGAAAGAGGUGAGAAAGAAAGAUUAAACCUUCCCUAAAAAUCA